AUGAAAUUGGUACCUUUCUAUUUACUUUCUCUUAUUUUAACAAAUAUACCAAAUUUAUAUGCAAGAGCAAUAACUGGUAGGUCACUUGUUGUAUAUUCAACAAAUGAAUAUGAUUUAUGCCAGAAUAUUCGAUAUUUACUUGUGGCUAGUGGUAUACCAUUUAAAGAACUAAGAUUUAGUUAUAAUGGUGGAAGUAGUAAUAAAUUCAUUUCUAAAAUUCUAAAUAUGGGGUAUUUUGUCUCAGACUUCCCACUAUUAACAGAUAAAUAUUAUAAUAUAAGAUAUUUAGGUGAUAUAAAUUCUAUAUAUAUAUAUUUACUAUCUAUAUAUACAAGAAGUUUAGCCUCAUAUACUAUUAUGAAGAAUUCUAGAUCUUUACAAGUUAAUUCAUUCCUUAAUGAUUUUAUGUCCAGUAUAAUAAAUAAUUUACGUGCAAAUAAUGGUAAUAUUCUAUGUAAGGAUAUCUUAGAUAUUAAAAAUAGUGAUAUUUAUCUAGGUAUUAUUGAUAAUGCACUUAAUAAUGAUGGUCCAUUUAUAGGUAAUAAAUAUAUAACAUUUGUUGAUAUUACAUUAUAUUCUAUUGUUGUACUUAUUGAAUUAGUAGCUCCUGGUUGUAUUAAAAAUAAAUAUCCUAGUAUUACAAAAAUGGCAAAAUUAUUAAGGAAUACAGAAGUUAUUUCUACAUAUGAAGAUAGUCGAUAUUUCAAAUCUUUGAUUAUUCCUGGUACAAAUAAAUUUGUAAGGCCUAUAGAUUUUUUUACUACUAAUACAGAUAUUUAUUAA